UUACACACACAUCUUCCUAUAUAUACACCCAUACGAAAACAAUCAAACAUCAACUUUUCAAUUCAUAGUCACAAAAAAACUUCUUAGCUAUUUCCAAAACAGUUUCUGAAAAAUUAUGAACACAAAAAAUAUAGCAAUGUUGAUGAUGGUGAUGUUGGUAAUAAUGGGAACAGAGAAAAUUUUAGCUCAGGCAAAUCAUCCCUUGUUUGAAAUCUCUAGUGGACGUAGACAUGUUGCAUCUACCCCUACUCCUCCAGCUAAUCCUUCUCUUUCACAAGAUCGUCCCUUGUUUGAAAUCUCAACUGGAAGUAGACAUGUUGCAUCUACCCCUACUCCCCCAGCUAAUCCUUCUCUUUCACAAGAUCAUCCCUUGUUUAAAAUCUCCAGUGGACGCAGACAUGUUACAUCUACCCCUACUCCUCCAGCUAAUCCUUCUCUUUCACAAGAUCGUCCCUUGUUUGAAAUCUCUACUGGAAGUAGACAUGUUGCAUCUACCCCUACUCCCCCAGCUAAUCCUUCUCUUUCACAAGAUCAUCCCUUGUUUAAAAUCUCCAGUGGACGCAGACAUGUUACAUCUACUCCUACUCCUCCAGCUAAUCCUUCUCUUUCACAAGAUCGUCCCUUGUUUGAAGUCUCUACUGGAAAUAGACAUGUUGCAUCUACCCCUACUCCCCCAGCUAAUCCUGCUCUUUCACAAGAUCGUCCCUUAUUUAAAAUCUCCAGUGAACGCAGACAUGUUACAUCUACCCCUACUCUUCCAGCUAAUCCUUCUCUUUCACAAGAUUCAGCCUAGUAUGUAUUUUUAUUUAAUUCUUAUAGCAUGAAUAAUAAAAUAAAAAUUAAAAUAAUGAUGCAAGAAGAUGUUUUGUAUAAGAUAUAACAAAUAUUAUAACUAUUGCAUUUAUGAAUCUAUAGAGCAUUUCAUGUUUGAAGAAAAUCACAAUAUUUUCCAUUAGGGUUAAACCCGCCCUAUGGUCGGAUAGGGCGGGUGAGCAACUGAAAAGUAACUAAAAUAUGUUUAUAUGGUAGUGUGAUAUUUGCGUUAGUAGGAUUUUUUGAGAUUAUUAACCGGUGUGUUUAAACAAAAUAUUUACUGAAAACUAGUGAGAUAUAGAUAAGGAAUCAGAUUGGAGAGGAAGGUACUAGUUAUUUGAUAGAUGGAUAUUUUCAAGGCACAAAUUAAAACCCGCAAUGCUCUGUUUAUCUGUGUCGUGGCUAUUAAGUAAAAGUACAGUUGAUACAUUACAUAUAGUCAUGAAGCUUGAUUUAUAAAUUCGUGUAUGUGUAACGUUGGAUGUGGUUUGAGGAGAUCCAGAAGCUAGUACUGGAGGGAUAAUGGUAUUCUUACACAUGCGAUGAAACAAUAUAUAUUGUAUCGUGGUGGCUCAAAGUAAACUGUUUGAUUCGUGUUGUUGCGUGCUUAC